CUGCAGUGAGCUACCCUGAAGGAGCAGAGCCUAUGUCACCAAGACUUGCAUUAUUCAUUCCUUAAUAAGUGGUUAAACAUAUUUCCUUUCUGAAGUAGUGAUUAUGUAGAAUUUUUUUAAUCGAGAAACAAAACUUUCUAAGCCAGAGGUAGAGCUAGUUGCAAAAACGAUUGGGCCUCAAAGAGUUACAUUGAAUAACAGGAUGUUGGUUUUGGACAUUGUACUCUUAAGGAUGAGGUUUUUUUCACAAGGCACAAUCAACAGUGAGACAUUCACAUGCAAACCAGGAGUCCUAUGUAGUGUAUUAAGAUUAUGACUUUAUUAAUGUUUUCAAGUGGAACCUGAGGGGAUGUUUAUUUAGGGACAAAGAGAGCCGUUUUUAGGGUGACGCCCCAGGGGAGACAGGGGAUUGGACAGCAGAGGGAGCCACCCAUAUUUUUGCAUACCUUAUAGGCUAGAGACAGAGGGGGUUAGAACAGACAUAUUAUCUUUGGACACUGUUCUCCAGCCCCUGCAGGGUCUGUAAGCUUAUGCUGACAUCUUGUGAUAUAAAUAAAACUUAUAAUCAAAGUACAGCCUAAGCGGACUCUUUGUUUGACAGCAAUAAUUACCAGCAUUGACUCGACACUACACCUACCACAGUAAGUACUGUUGCUGAUCUUAGAAUAAUGCUAAUUACUAUUAAUCAACAGUAUCAUCAAAUGUGUGUGUGUGGACAUGUUUAACUAUGCUUGUGUCUGUGUGUGUGUGUGUGUGUGUGUGUGUGUGUGUGUGUUACGUAAUUAAAUGUCUUCGUACCCACCUUAUUCUUAGAUGGAGAUUGGUGACAUGAUUGAGAUAAACAGAGGUCCAUACAAACACUGGGCUCUGUACAUUGGAAAUGGAGAGGUCAUCCAUUUGGUAACUCCAGGUAUGGUAUUUUUCUGGAAAUGUAUUUGUGGAAGCCUAUAUUCCAAUUCCAGAAUUGGGGGAGAGAGUAAACAUCAUCUGAAGUCAAAUGUUAACAGCACAGUAAAACUGAUAUCUGAACAUGGUUGGUAGAGUAAGAACUUUUUGAACUUAUUCACUCAGAUACAGUAUCUGCUGAGUUCUGUCUGCCUCUUUAUUUCUCUCAUCAAAACACACAAUUACACUUACAUGUGUACACACACACACACACACACAAACACACUCACCUUUUUCUUUCCUCCUGUUUUGUAGAUGGACAUUCAACAUCAGGUUUAUUCAGUGCAAGCUCAUCCAGUUCUUCCUGUAAAGGCAUGAUUACAAUAGAUACGUUAACGGAUGUGGCAGCAGGGGAUACUUACAAAAUCAACAACUACUUGGAUGACGAGUACAAUCCAAGGACGACUGAGGUCAUUAUGGAGGAGGUGGACAGAAUGAGAGGUCGCACAAUAGAAUAUGACCUCCUUGGACACAACUGCGAGCAUUUCGUAACUUUCCUCCGUUAUGGCGAAUCAGAGUCCGAACAGGUAGCCAUGACAGUAUAAUCAAGAUAAUUUUCUAAUUGAUGCUUUGCUUGAGGAGAUGCACUCCAUAUUAAUUUGCUUUCUGCUUGUCUUUUUCCUUGCAGGCAAAUGUCUUCAUGAGGCAGGUGUUCCUUUUUAUGGUUGCUGUUAUUGCAGCUGCUGAUGCCUGACCAAUCAAACAUGAUAAAUAAUUUAUUGGGUCUCAUGAGUCUAAAUCAAAUCAAAUGUUAUUUGUC